AUGAAUCAGCCAAUUGACCCAUUCCAAUACAAGGAAUUGAAUCAUGGCCUAGAUGAGAUCCGGUUACUACGAAUUCUUCCCCCAAUUUCGAAGGAUGAUGUUGUUUGUUGUCGGCUUAUUCACACAGCUUUGCACAGAGCUCCUAAUUAUCGAGCACUUUCGUAUACUUGGGGGGCCAAAAUUUCCUCAGAGUCAAUAAUUGUCAACGGAAAACGCGUUUCCGCAUCCAAAAAUCUCAUUGGAGCUUUGAGGAGAUUACGGUCUCAAAGAGAAAAUGACGAAAGCUUUCUGUGGGUUGACGCCAUCUGUAUUGACCAAAACAAUAUACCAGAGCGAAAUAAUCAAAUAGCUAAGAUGAGAACCAUUUUUCAAAACGCACAGUCUGUACCUGUUUGGAUUGGUUCCGAGAAGGACAAUAGUUCUUUGGCAAUCCGACUGGCCAAAAAAAUGAACAAGGCUACAAGGAAUCAAGUGAUAAAAAUGCUCCAUGACCCGUCAACACAGGAUCAAUUGAUGGCUUUAGUAACUCUUUUUCGUCGUCAAUAUUGGUGGAGAAUAUGGGUCAUCCAAGAAGUUGCCUGUGCCAAAGAAGCAAUUGUCCUUUGCGGGGACGAGAGUAUACCUAUACUGGAGCUUUGUAACACCUGCGAUAUACUGAAAAGAGAAGAACACUUACUGUUGUCUAUCUACUUGAAAUCACCAUCAUUUGUACGAACCCUCACCACUGGAGGACCAAAGAGCUUGCAAGUAUCAAGAGAUCAGGUCCCUGAUGCGGUCAGCUCUCCUCUCUUUGAGCUUUUGCUUUUCCACAAGAGUAAGAAGUCGUCAGAUCCAAAAGAUAAAGUGUACGCAUUAGUAGGAAUAUCAAACUCACGGGAGUCCUUUGGUAACAUUGAUUAUUCAUUGUCGAUGCGACGGGUAUAUACGCACACUGCGAGGCAUAUAAUUCAGGAUUCUCGAAGACUGGAUAUUAUAUGUGUCAAUCAAAGAAACCAAACAGCGCCCGAUAAUGAUGGUCUUCCAUCAUGGGUACCGAACUGGACAAGGCCUCCCCAAAGCCGCCAGCCUACAAUAAUUGGACUCCAACAUAGCAAACCUCAGUUUAUGGCUUCUGGUGACAGUUAUGCUAAUGUACAAUUUCUUAAAGAUGGAUAUGUUUUGAGAACCACUGGUGUCAUUUUGGGGAGAGUUCAAAAGACUGGCUUAUCCUUCAGAAGAGAAUUAAACUCUAGAGACAACAAUGGUAGGGGUCUGAAAGUUCUACAAGAAUGGUGGAGUAUCAUAUCUAAGAGAAGACCCUCCCUACAAGAGCAAGGAGCAUUCUGCAGAACGAUCUCUUGUGGCAAUUGGACUUUCAAAGAUCACAUCGAAUAUGCCAUUCGAAUGAAAGCCCUUGCGACAAUAUUGUCGGAACAAAUGCCCCGGCUUAGUUUUCCAUUAUCUCCUGUCUCAACGACUGAUAAAAGUUUCGAUGAGGAGGAACGAUUAGCACUUCUUAUCUCCGCUUGUUGGACAAUGAACAGACGCCGCUUCAUCGUUUCCGGCGCAGGAAUCAUUGGACUUGGACCAUGGAACUGCUCCAAAAAUGAUUUGAUCUGCAUUGUUCCAGGUUGUAGAUUUCCUGUCAUAUUGAGAAAGACUGAUAAUCACUUCAUUCUUGUGGGAGAGGCAUAUAUUGAUGGCUUCAUGUAUGGAGAAGGGAUUCGAGGAGUGAAUAACGGGCUAUACGACCUGGAAACAUUCGAAAUUCAUUAA